AACAUUUUAGCAGCACGCAACGUUCCUGCGACCCUUCCUUUUCUUCUCUGAACCCUCCAUCUCCCUACGAACGACACCUAGCAGUACGCAACAAUGUCUGCAAGCACCACCAUCUUCAUCACUGGUACAACGGGUUACAUCGGAGGAUCUGUUCUCCAACGUCUUCUUACCCAUCCCAACGCCUCCACAUUCAAAUUCACCACCAUCACUCGUAGCGCCGACAAGGCCAAGCUCCUCAAGGAGAAAUACCACAUCGACGCUCAUGUGGGAGACUUCACAAAUGUGCAGAAACUGGAGGAACUUUCCGCGGGCGCAAACGUUGUCGUCCAUACGGCGGACGCAGAUGAUUUCGGGGCAGCCAAAGCGAUCCUUGCCGGAUUGAAGAAGAGGCAUGAAACGACUGGCGAAGUUCCCAUUCUCAUCCAUACGUCUGGCACAGGUGUUCUCACAGACGAUGCCAAAGGUGAAAAGACCAUGGACAAGAUCUAUCACGAUUCCAAGCCAGAAGAGAUCGAAUCCAUCCCAGACACCGCUAUUCACCGCAACGUCGACCUCCUCAUCGUAGAUGCAGACAAAGCGGGCUAUAUCCGCUCUCAUAUUGUCCUUCCAAGCACGAUCUGGGGUCUCGCCACUGGACCGCUCGUCGACGACGGGAUCCAAAACCCCCAUUCCGUUCAAAUCCCGGGACUUAUCAAAGCUGGGCUCGCAAGGGGUCAAGCGGGUAUGGUCGGCGAGGGUAAGAAUGUCUGGCCAAAUGUGAACAUCGACGACGUGGCGGACCUCUACAUUGUAAUUUUCGACGCUGCCAUUAAAGAUCCAAAAACGCCUCACGGCAGGGAAGGCUUCUACUUCGGCGAGACAGGAGAGCACAAGCUUUACGACGUCUGCAAGGCCGUCGCAGUCGCUCUUCACGAGAUUGGUAGGUCGAAGACCGCGGAGCCAGUCACAUUCACGGAUGAAGAGUGUCAGAAAUAUUUCGGUGGAACCUACCUCGGUACAAACUCGCGAUGUGUAGCGGAACAAGGACGGAAACUGGGAUGGAAGCCGGUGCACAACAAUGAAGGGUACUUCAAGUCUAUCAAGCCUGAGGUCGAUGCUCUCCUUGCGUUGGAGAAAAAAGGGGCGAGCGUCAACACCAGUAAGGACUUUGGGAGGUAGGGCGCGUCGGAGAUCAUGCAGUGAUUUUGAGAAGACAAUAAAAUACCUGUGUUUGUACCGUUAUCAAAGUACGCCUGUUUGCCACUGUCGAACAUGUGCAAAGACGAGUAGCAGCUAUGUCUUUUUGGGACCGUAGUAAAUAGCAUGGUCAG